ACGUGAUGAAUUCUUGAGCUGUAGAAGCAGAAGAUAAUGGCGAUGCGGAGAAGAGCUUCUUCUGCCAUAAUUCUUUCCAUUGCUCAGUCUCAGGAAGCAGCGGCUUCAGUAGGUACCACUGCUACUGCUAGGUGUACUACUCUUGCUUCAUUUCUCUCUGCAUUCCGAAACCCUAAACCCCAAUUAGCUUUUUAUUCUGCUAUUAGUGGCAAAGUUAAGAGUUCUUCUGGAAAAGCUCUGAAAUUUCAACCGGGAUUGAGGAAUGAUAUUAAUAAUGUCGACAGUCUUGAUGAUGGUCUGAGCUUGUAUCGGCAGAUGGUCCGGAUGAGGCCUCUGCCUUGUGUUAUUCAGUUCAAUCAAUUGCUGGACCGUAUUGUUAAGAUGAAGAAUCAUUAUGUAUCUGCUAUUUCCCUUUUUAGAGAUAUGUGGGUCAAGGGCAUUCCUGUUCGUGAGGCCACCCUCAAUGUUGUGAUUAACUGUUACUGCCUCUUGGGUCGAGUGGAUUUGGGGUUUCCUGUGUUGGCUGCUUUCUUGAAGCGUGGUCUUGUCCCUAAUGUAGUCACCUUUAAUACUCUACUCAAAGGACUCUUUCGAGAACAUAGGUUCCCCCAGGGACAAGAAUUGUUUAAGAAGAUAAUAUGCGAAAAACUUUGCGAGCCUGAUGAAGUUAUGUUUCUGAUUGUGAUAGAUGGGCUCUGUAAGGUGGGGAACAUUCAAAUGGCCAUUGAAUUCCUAAGAGUCAUGGAAAAAAGAAGAAGAUGUAAGCCCAACGUUUAUGUGUACAGUACAAUCAUUGACGGCUUGUGCAAGGAUAAAAUGGUUGUUGAAGCUCUUGCCCUCUUGCAGGAGAUGAUUGAAAAGGGCAUUCCACCAAAUGUUAUCACUUACAGUUGUUUGAUUCAAGGUCUGUGCAACUUAAGCAGAUGGAAGGACGUUGACAAGCUCUUUGCUGAGAUGAUGGUUUAUAAAAUUGUUCCAGAUGUUUUUACUUUCAAUAUAGUGGUGGAUGCACUGUGUAAGGAAGGGCAUAUAGAAGAUGCUGAAGAGCUAGUCCAGAACAUGAUCCAGCAAGGUCAAGAUCCCGAUCUGGUCACUUACAAUUCCUUAAUGGAUGGGUACUGUUUACAGAGCCGAAUGGAUGACGCAAGGAGAGUUUUCAAUACCAUGGUUGCUAGCAGCCUUACACCCGAUCUCCAUAGCUAUGGUAUUCUGAUAAAUGCCUAUUUCAAGACCAAGAAAGCGGAAGCAGCCAUGAAUCUCUUUCGAGAGAUUCAGCAUAAAGGUUUAACACCUAAUAUUGUUGUUUAUACCACUGUCUUGCAGGGGUUAUUUAGUUCAGGAAGGUAUCUUAGUGCACGUGAAAUUUUCAAGGAGAUGCAAGCUUCUGGCAUGAAGCCUGAUUUUCAUACUUACUGUGUGGUGUUGGAUGGAUUAUGCAAGACUGGACAUGUUGACGAAGCAUUGCAGUUAUUCCAUGCAAUGGAAGCCGAUGGAACAGAUCUUCACAUGGAAAUGUACACUAUCAUGCUUGAUGGGUUGUGUAAAUGCACGAGGCUCGAUAGUGCCCGACAUCUUUUCAAAAAUCUCUUCCUUAAAGGAUUGGACCCUGAUGUCAAAACAUACAACACCAUGAUUGCUGGCCUGCUUGCAGAAGGUCUGCUCAUCGAAGCUAAAGAGCUUGUUAAAAAGAUGGAGGGGAAGGGUUGCCUGCCAAAUGAUUUUACGUACAAUGUUAUACUGCGAGGACUCCUUAAGGGAGGUCAUUAUCAUGAUGCGAUGGUCUAUCAUGAAGAAAUGGUUCAUAGAGGAUUCUCGCUGGAUGCACAUACCUUUUCCAUUUUACUUGAUUUAUCUGCUGAGAAUCAGAACAAUCCUUCUGUGCUAAUGUUGAUGCUGAAGAUUGAUCCCGAUAGCAAGAAGUUCAUAGAUGGGGAACGAAGAGGACCUUCACAUUAGUUGCAACAUGUUGGUCCUGCCAUUUAUUUUGGCCUUUGAACUUUAAUUUGCUGGAACUAACAUUAUUUAGGUUCGAAUUGGAUCCUGUUGUCACUUAUCAUCUUUGAUGCAACUGAGCCUUAGAGGAGAUCUCUUGGUCAUAUUUUGUGAAACACCUCCAAGGUCUUUAGUUUGGUGGAGAAGCCGCAUUGCUUAGGGAAGUUCAAUUGACAAGUGUGGCAGAUCAAAGAAAUCUGCUGCUGUUAAUUGGACUUGUACCACUUCUUCUGAGAGACUUCUUGUUGAUCUUUCCAUGGAGAACCUCAGUGUGGCAUAUCACUUAAAUGGUAACUUGUACAGGUUCAUUUUGUUCAUUAUUCAUGUGUGUCCGUAAUUUAGCUUGCCUGUCAAUUUUACUUCGGAUAACUAAUAUUUGAUUUUAUUGGAAAUAAGAAAUGAAAUGGCAUAUGCAAAUAUAGUUUGAGACUUUGAAUUUCUAGAGAAGUUUUAAGCUGCAUUUCUGUAAUUUCGAGAAAACUUUUUCAAAGAUAAAAUUGUUACUUUUAUUUUAAUUCCUAAAUGGUGCCAAAAGUGCAGCCAGUUCGAAAGUGUAAAAACUUUCUAGACCAGUUUCUUGCUUUGGAUUCACAGUUUGAGGUCCCGUAAAUAGGCAUGGUUAUUGAUUUGUUUUAAUUGCGUUUGAGUAAACCCAAACUUUUAAGUUAUUGAUUUGUUUUAACUGCAUUUGAGUAAACCCAAACUUUUUAAGUAUGAUCCAAAAAAAGUGUUCUGAUCACUUCCCGUUUAAUUGUCAUUGCUGUACUAAAUUAUACAGACAUUCAGUAGAAGUGUAGCAAAAAUAUCGUUCUUUUGCAGUAACCUUGAAUAGUUCAUCCAAGAAACUCUCCGUCCUUUUUU